GCAGCUCUUCAGUUCAAAGACGACAAACCAGACUCAACUAGACUCAAAUUCACGAAGAAGAACCGAAGAUCGAAGGCUGGAAAAUGGGGAAAUGGUAUGUUGUGUUCGUUGGUCGGGUUCCCGGGGUUUAUGACUCCUGGGCGGAAGCUCACGGUCAGAUUACCGGCUUUAAGCACAAUUCCUUUAAAGGUUAUGAGACUGAAGCAGAGGCACGAAAAGCUUAUUCAACUUAUUUGAAGAAGUGUGAUGGUUCGUCUAGCAAGGAGUCCGACGGUUCCCAUGACCAACAACCACUUGCACAUCAAUUGAAAAUAGCACUUGAGCAGAGAGAUAAGCUUCAAAAGGAGCUGGAUGAUCUCCGAGAAAAACUUGGUUCUUUAGCUUUAGGAUGAUGGACCUUCUAACCUUAUAACAUUGACUCUGUUUUUGUUAGUUUGUAACCUUGUUUGGUGGUCUUGUACCACACAUUAUGCUGUAACUUAGUUUGUUGGUACAUGUAACUAUGUAAGUUGUAACUGUUCUGGACACCUUC